CGUAAUUCCUAAAGUAAACAAAUGACAGGAGACGAUUCAUUUGCACAACCCAUUUGUUUGGUCAAGAGCGAGGGGGUAGGUGCCGAGGGGUGUGGGCAGGGGACUAGUCGUUGUGCGACAGGUGUUAAUUGGCCGACAAAUUCAAAAACACGCAGCCCGCUCAUGCGACGAAGUCGGAGAUUCAUGCAAACAUGCAUUAUACAAUCAUACAACCGGUGUGUGUGCAUCCAACACGCUAAUAGAUUCGACCGUUCAAUUUGCCUGCAGAUCAUCGCUCGGAUCACGUUCGUCUUGGACCAGCCCAUUCUUAACCGCGUCCACGGGAAAUCCAGUACCCAAUGGGUCGCUGGGGACGGCAGAGUCCGGUGCUGGAGCCGCCGGACCCACAGAUGCAGACGACGCCCCCGCCGCCCACUCUGCCGCCAAGGACGUUUAUGCGACAGUCGAGCAUCACGAAAAUCGGCAACAUGCUCAACACGGCCAUCAACAUCAAUGGAGCCAAGAAGCCAGCAAGUAAUGGAGAGGCGUCUUGGUGCUUCUCACAGAUUAAAGGCGCCCUAGACGAUGAUGUCACGGAUGCAGACAUCAUAUCCUGCGUGGAAUUCAAUCACGAUGGCGAGCUGCUGGCCACUGGUGACAAGGGCGGUCGCGUCGUCAUCUUUCAGCGUGAUCCUGCCUCAAAAGCCGCCAAUCCGAGACGCGGCGAAUACAAUGUCUAUUCGACAUUCCAAUCGCACGAGCCCGAAUUCGACUACCUCAAGUCCCUGGAGAUUGAGGAGAAGAUAAACAAGAUCCGGUGGCUGCAACAAAAGAAUCCCGUGCACUUUCUGCUCUCGACCAACGACAAGACAGUCAAAUUGUGGAAGGUCAGUGAGCGUGACAAGUCGUUCGGCGGCUACAACACGAAGGAGGAGAACGGACUGAUCCGGGAUCCACAGAAUGUAACGGCCCUCCGAGUGCCAUCCGUGAAGCAGAUACCACUGCUGGUGGAGGCCUCCCCACGGCGCACCUUCGCCAAUGCACACACCUAUCACAUCAAUUCAAUAAGCGUUAAUUCGGAUCAGGAGACCUUCUUGUCGGCCGACGACCUGCGGAUCAAUCUGUGGCACUUGGAGGUGGUCAACCAGAGCUACAACAUUGUCGACAUCAAGCCAACCAACAUGGAGGAGCUAACAGAGGUGAUCACCGCGGCCGAAUUCCAUCCGACCGAGUGCAAUGUGUUUGUCUACUCGAGCUCUAAGGGCACAAUACGAUUAUGUGAUAUGCGUUCGGCGGCGCUAUGCGACCGGCACAGCAAACAGUUCGAGGAGCCCGAGAAUCCAACGAAUCGCAGCUUUUUCAGCGAAAUAAUCAGCUCCAUCAGCGAUGUGAAGCUAAGCAACUCGGGUCGCUACAUGAUCUCCAGGGAUUACUUGAGCAUCAAAGUGUGGGAUCUGCAUAUGGAAACAAAGCCCAUUGAGACCUAUCCGGUUCAUGAAUACCUGCGCGCCAAGCUGUGCUCGCUGUACGAGAAUGACUGCAUCUUCGACAAGUUCGAGUGCUGUUGGAACGGCAAGGACAGCUCAAUAAUGACCGGAAGCUACAACAACUUCUUCCGCGUCUUCGAUCGCAACUCGAAAAAGGAUGUGACGCUAGAGGCGUCCAGGGACAUCAUCAAACCGAAAACGGUGCUUAAGCCACGGAAAGUUUGCACUGGCGGCAAACGAAAGAAGGAUGAGAUCAGCGUGGACUGUCUAGAUUUCAACAAGAAGAUCCUGCACACCGCCUGGCACCCCGAAGAAAAUAUCAUCGCCGUGGCUGCGACCAAUAACCUCUUCAUAUUUCAGGAUAAAUUUUAGCCAACACUCCUCACAAGAACCACACCAUACGCCACAAUCACACAAGCAACUAUAUCUACAGAAACACCAAGAAGUACGAUCACGCCUCAUUCUUAUGUUAAAUUAAUCGGUUUGCUUCAAAAUAGUUUUCAAAUUUCACUUGCAAUCAAAUUGUUUGCCUAACACCAUUACCUCAGGCCACCCUUAUCCCUAUCCCCAUCCAUGUUCUCCUUCCCGCCCCCAAACAAAUUACAUCAUACAUAAUGCCAUAGCAAAAGCUUUGUAAUGUAUUUCUGCGCUGUAUGCGUAUAACGAGAAACAAUACCAGAAACUUAAGAGAUGGAAACAAAUUUUUAUACAUUACAUUUAUAAAUAGUGAAGCGUAUAUUUGAUUUCAUGUAGCGCAAUUCAAAAACCCACAAUAAGAGUAAUAUAUUAUGUUAGCUAUUGAUUUCGCCGAAAUUUUUUGUAUAAUUAGCGCCAGCGCCGAAGUAUUUGUAAUAAAAGAUAAUAAUAUACAACAUAAAAAAAAAAAUCAUAAAAUGCAUGUUGUAACAUUUUUUCUGUUCGCUUGUUAAGUUUACGAUGAAAAGUCAAGAAACAUAUGCGCCCUGUUUGCUCUACUUUAUAAAUAUAGACUAAACACGAAUUUCCGAUUGUUUAUUCGUUUGACAACGUUCAUUCCAUGCAAAAAGAGACGAUAGGCCGCGGAGCUUGUCGAUCGACUAUGUGUCUCAUUUUUAAUCUCAUCAGCAACGUCAGCAAUCGAACAGCCGGAAGUUGUCUCAGUCAAACCAAUUUAAAAUGCUCAUUUAAACACUUAAUAAAUUCACUAAGAACCCAAUGCUAGCUAGACCAGAAAGCAGAAGUCAAAGAGAUGAGGCAAACGCGGAAGAAGUAUAAAAUAGAUGCAUUAAUAACGUAUGCAUCGCAGUUAAUUGAUACCUACAUAUACAUAUAAAAAAAACGCAGCCUAAGUUUAAAAUACAAAUUAGUGUUCUCAAUUCGUUUUAUUGAAAGUCUAUCUGAAAUGAGAGAAACAAGAAAAAAAAACAAUAAUAAGAAAAUACUAUUUUUAUACGCUACAUUUAAGCUAAGUAUUGCUACUUUUAGUUCAACUAUGCGUGCGUGCGUCCAAGACCAAUUCUCACAUAUAGUCUAUUUGCCCCUUGGCCCCGCCCCCUUUUUCAUCGGUCAACAACUUUUCCAGCGUGUUUACUGUUUUGUAAAGUUUCUUGUAUUCAUUGUCAUGUUUUCCAUAAAGAACUAUAAACAAAACAACCAUUUUUAUAGGUUAUCUAGUGUCUAGUGUUAACAAAUAAAAAACAAAACAAACAAAUUAUAAAAACGCAAACCAUAAAUGAUAAAUGAGAGUAAAUUAUAAACCAUGCGCUGAAAAUGUUAAACAACAAAAUUCUGAAAAAUGUACGGCAAAAAAUGUUCAAAACACUGAAAUGUAAACGCAUAAAAUGAUGAAAUAAAAACUAAAACAACAUAAAUUGUGCUUCUUAUGAGAAUAAUGAUAUAUUAUUAAUAUUGUAUUUUCAAUAAAAUAGUAAUACGAGUACGAAGAGUGCAGCGGGAUAGAAGAUAGCAGAGCCUAAAUUGUUUAGAAAAUAAGAAAAUCCGUGAAAAUUGGUCUAGAUCCUCAGUGAAUCGUAUACAAAUUGUCCACAACUUCGAUACAAAUAUUUUGGUUGCAAAUUUCAUGUUUUAGAUCGACGACCCACUUAUUCAAUUUUAUUUGCAACGCACAUCCUUAUUCAUAUAUCUUUGACAUGCCUUUUUGUAAAUAAAAUCGCAAACACAAAAAAGAGAAAACUUAAAACGAAAACAUUAUUCAUUAAAUGAAAUAAAAUCCAAAGCAGUCGAGUAGAGAAACUGUUGCAAUUGCUGUUUGAAUAGAAACGCAAACAGACGACAAAUUGCAAUUGAUUAGUUUUAAAAACAUUGAAUUGCUAUUCAAAAUAAAGAUCUAAUAAAGGCAAACUUAAGGAUAAAGUUUAGUUUUGCAAGCAAGAAAAUUGUGAAAAAUAAUG